AUAUCAUUUCAUCAUUGCUUAUGAAAGCGAGUGAGCGACGCGUGGGACUGGGAGAGAACACAAAUUAGAAAAGAGAUACAAGGAAACAUGACCCUCGUCCACGCAAUCCACUCUUGUUCUCAAAAUAUGAAAAACUACCCUGCGAUGCUUUUGAGCACGAGUAGGAGCGCUCGGAUUCGAGCUUCUGCUUUGUGCGCGCUAGAAGAAAGCAGACCGACGCCUUCGUCACCGAGCUGUCGCUGGAGACCGACUGUAGGACUGAGACUGCACAAAAAUGGGAUCAUCAGCUCGGCGAAUCAUGCACCUCAUCAACAAUCACUGCAGCACGCUGGUGCAUCUCCACUGAGCGCAACGCUCUUGCGGCAAUACGACAACUUUAACUUCUCUCCUCCAACAUCUUCUGUGCGCGCCUUUAGUACUCGGAGCAUACACGGACGGAUGUUUUGGAGGCGACGACCUAGAGACGUCCCUGUCCGGAAGUGGAAUUGGAUUAUGGCUUCCCCCAAUCCAUCCCUUCUUCUAUAGGGAUCGAUUCCUCAAAGGCAGUAUGCGCCCCAAUAGAUACAAGGGAGAUAGCUGAGGACGCAUAUGCUUGAGGGAUUUCCACAGGGAUGAAUAGGGGAGAGCUCUAAUUGGAGAAGUAAAUGGCUUGAAGGUCGCCCUCACACGAAGGGGAUUUUUAUGGUGAGGUUCCUUUGAAUAUGGUUGCAUCUCUCUUCUGGAUUCUUAAGUUUAACUUCACCAGACACAAGUAGAAUAUCCUCUCAAGUUGGGAAAAAGAUAAUCAUGUUGGAGCAUACCCCGAUGUAUACUAGCCUUUUUGUUUCAUCUUCUAAUCUUCGUACGAAAGUGCCAAUUAUAGAAUCACCCAGAUAAACUUUUUAUCCUCUAACGUCCGUACCAAAGUGACGAUAAAAUCGCCAAAGAAACCGAAUAGUGGCAACCGUAAAGUUGCUCGAGUCCGGUUAGCAUGCGGUCGUACGGUUUGGUGCUAUAUUCCUGGUAUAGGCCACAAUCUGCAAACUCACAGUGUGGUCCUAGUGCGUGGCCGGCGAACGCCUGAUCUUGUAGGCGUAAACUACAAGCUUGUGAGGGGAAAGUUUGAUUUGGUAAAUGUUUAGUUACUUUUCGAUUUCGAAUUUGCGCUCCAAUAGGAGGUACUUAUUUACUGGGUGACCUCACAGGUAGACAUGCACAGCUACAAACGAGGUUCCAUGACAUGACAUGACACAUGCUAUCUGUUGUAAGGACCCAGCUUCACUGUCAAUUCUUGUCUUCCCAAACUCCAGCUCCCCGUCAAAGACAAGAAACGCGCUCGUUCGAAGUAUGGUGUGAAGAGACCGAUGCUCACGAAGAGGUUCGUGAAUGAUCCCAAACUGCCUUGGCGAAGGGUUUACACAGACGAAAUGCGCGAGCGAUACUUCUAUCUUAUGAUGAAGACAAGGAGAACUACAACUGAACCUGAAGAUUUGAGAAAGUAGAGCAAUGGAAUGAGUAGAGUGUAUGUUGAGAACGUAUAUUCUAUGUUCACACGGAGUAGAAAAGCAGUCCAUCCAUGUGUAAAAGCAGUACUUUUGUCGCUUACUAAUUUCAAUUUGUAGUUUCUUUCCGACGCCUGACGUGAUCUGACCUUCCUCCCCAGACACUGCCACAUUUUCAUAUACCGAACCGGCGUCAAGAUCGAGGCUGGAGAGCCGGUUCCUUAUAUUCCGGUACACAGGAAAUUUCCGCCGUUUCCGAUUCGAGGCUUUGGUCGUAAGAAGGCGAAGGCUUGAACUGCAGUUUGAUGAUGUGUGUCGAAUAUGCUGUGGCUCGCCCUCGCACUGCUCCUCUCGGAAUGAAUGUAUCUAGACCACUGUUUAUUUUGUAGAACAGACUUGCUACUCAAUUCAAGUAAGUACAUCAACAGGGAAUGUAUGACAGCUGUGAUCGUCGAUGCCUUCCGCUACCUGUGCUGC